UCCAACCCUAAUUGCGAAACUAAUGCACUGUUUCUCUGUAAGGUAAUGACAUUACCACUGGGAUCUACUCUGCGUGCGAUCUGCUCCAGCAACAACUUUCUUCAGCAAGGAUCUCCUCAGUGGCAUUCUCCGACUAGAAUCUCUUCGCCGUUCACCGCCAUUGUUCAUCUCCUCACCGCUGCUUUCAAUGAGCUUCUACGAUCUUGUUCUAGCUUCGAUCUAAAGGUUAGCCAUUGCCUCUCAUCCCCUUGUUGCUCGUUUAUCACCUCGCUGCCGCAACAACAUUGUUGUUGCCUUUAGUGAGCUUCUACAAUUUGGUUCCGCUUUUUCUUCACUUUUGUGUUGACGUCCUUGCUCUCACCGUCGAGAACUUCCUCGAGCGCCACCUUCAGACUCUCCUCUUCAAGGCCGGCAUGGCCAAGUCAAUCCACCAUGCCAAGGUCCUGAUCCGCCAGUGCCACAUUAGGUGAAUGCAGCAAUCAAUGACAUGGCAUCCUAAGCUAAAGCAAAUGCAUCAUAGUCUCGAAAAGUUGGCAGAAAAUUUAUGGGAGAAAGUCCUGAACUGGAACCUGAUUCUCCGGUUAUCCAGGUGAUAACUAUGGAUUCGGAUCCUCUAAAGUUUGAAUUUUACUUUAGAGAGUAAAGUGUGAUUUCUCACCAUUAAUUUCAUAGGUGGGACAAAUAAUAAAUAUAAAAGAGAAACUAUUCAAAGAUACAAAAUCACACUUUACUUUCUAAAGUGAAUUCAAACUUUAGAGGAUCCAAAUCCGAUAACUAUGAUCUUCUUAAGAGGUUAUUUUGGUUAUUUAAAAGUUUACUUUAUGUUAUCAACUAAUAUUUUUCCAUUGCAGUGUGAUUAUGAUCCUCUUCAAUUGUCAACUAUUUCAUUAAUGGAGUAUAAAUUUUGAUUCCACUUACAUAUUAUGGAGUUUAGCCUCUCAUGAAAGUAUUUUAUCAGUUUAGCUUUAAUUGAUGACCAAUGUUAAUUUUGAAAAGAAUGAUACAAUUUUAUUUUAUUUGGAAGAACCAGUAUUUCUUAUUUGAUCUCUAAUUUGUGGAGCAUUGAAAUGUACGUUUUAGAUAGUAUUUCUUGGGAGUUUAGAGAGUGAGGAGUAACCUUUAUUUUUUCUUCAAUCCUUCUGAUAUGGUGUUUAAUUGGUAUGUGAUACAUGCUGCAGUUGACUUGCCGCCAUGGUUCUCUGUGCUGUCUAUAGCAUUGAACUCAAAUGUGGACCUUAUAAGUAUAUUCACUUUAUACUUCUUUGUUGGUAGGAAUGAUGAUUGUUAAUUGAAUUCAUUUCAUGUUAUUCUAUUUUGAUGUCUUGUCUUAUGAUGCCUCAUAUUGUAUUGGUUAAAGUUAAAAUGAAAUAGCGCUCUGAUUAUCGUAGCUCUCUAAGACAUCAUCUUAUUGUGUGAUCGGUGGGCUCGUGAAUAUUUUUUGCUUCUUUCAUUUGUUCGUAUGCACACUAUUUCAGGAUGUCUCAAGAAUUGAAACAGCUCCACAGAGUAUGUUGCCAAUCAUAUGCUUUAGAGAUGGAAGUCCUCCACUGCCAGAUGCCUUAUCAAUGACGAAUUUAGCAAUCUCAGGGAUAAAUGGUCUUGAUAUAGGCUGUGUUUUCUAAUGCAGAAAAAUAUCCCCAUGACAUUGACAAACAAUCAGUUUGUAGGAUUAUUUGGUGGCGAAGAGAAUUGAUGAUGGUGAGCUCAUCAAGAAAUUCCAUCUUCUGCUCUUGUGAUCGAAACCAUGGAGGCUUUGACUAUAGCAUUAAAAUUGUAACUCAACAAGAUGGAAAAAUUAGAUAUAUACGCAAGUCCAGAUAUUUUGAUAAUUUCAUUAGACAAAUUAAUGACGGUAAAAACUACCUGGGGAAAAAAGAGGUACUUCUUGGGGACAUGGGAGUAGGGAAGACAAGUUUGGUUCUUAGAUUUGUGAAAGGCCAAUUUUCUGAGUACCAAGAAUCAACAAUUGGGGCAGCAUUCUUCACUCAGGUUUUGUCUUUGAACGAAGCCACUAUCAAAUUUGAUAUAUGGGACACAGCAGGGCAGGAACGUUACCAUAGUUUAGCCCCUAUGUACUAUCGUAGUGCUGCUGCUGUCAUUGUUGUCUAUGACAUUAUAAGCAUGGAAUCUUUUGCGCGAGCAAAGAAGUGGGUUCAAAAAAUGCAACGACAUGCAAAUCCGAGUUUGAUAAUGUUUUUGGUGGCUAACAAGGCUAAUUUGGGAGCGGAGAGAAAGGUUACAAAUGAGGAGGGUGAAGAAUAUGCGAAAGAAAAUGAAUUAUCUUUUCUUGAAACUUCAGCAAAAACUGCACAGAAUGUGAAUGAGCUCUUCUAUGAAAUAGAAAAGGGAUUGGCAAAAGCAAACCCUUCACACCAAACCGGAAUCAAGCUGCAUAUCAUACCUCAAGAAACCAGAAGAAGAAGCUUGUUUUGCUGUGUUUAGUUAAUGUUAUUAUCAAUAUAAGUUGAAUCUGCAUUUCAUUUGUAUUCCAGAAGCUUCUAACUUGGUAUUUUCCUACUUUUAAGAUGGAUGAAUAAAGAAACAAACCUGCAAAGUAACCCCAAACCGCAUGCAAUAAUUUAUUCAUCACCUGAUUA